CAUAACUCUGUCUUUCGCUUCGAGCUUAGCCUGUGCCCCACAAGUAGCAUAGCAGGUUUGCUGUUGUUCACUUCUUCUCUGCUCGGUUCGUUCCUUUCUUUCUAAUCAUCACCAUGGCUCCCACUCUCAAUCACCCAACCGGCGUUACCUUCGUCGAUGAUGGCCAUAACCCAGUCCACGUAGAUGCUGCUACAUACUAUGGCGGCGGCGAAGCAUUCACUCGUUCGAGAACCUACAGUCAUUCACACAUUCAUGGGUAUAUCCCUAAGCGUACUCCGCUCUUCGAAGAGGAUACGCACAUGAGGGCUCGGCGCAUGUCGCAUGACGAGAAGAGCGUCACCGGCCCUCGUCGCUUCCUCAUCGAUGUCGAGGAGACCAUUCGUGUUGUCCUUGAGCAGGAAGACACAGAUGGUGAUUUUCAAAUCAGUAUCACUGAUGCGGGCCCGAAGAUGAUGGCCCUCGGUACGGCUACAAGCAAUGGCUUCAAGACUUUUGAUGUCCGAGGAACCUACAUGCUAUCCAACCUGUUGCAGGAGCUUGCCCUAGCCCGGGAUCAUGGACGCAAACGUAUCGUCCUCGAUGAGGCUCGUCUCUCGGAGAAUCCAGUCGAUCGUCUCUCUCGCAUGAUCAAAAACUCAUUCUGGCACUCGCUGACUCGCCGCAUUGAUGGCGAUGGCCUCGAGAUCAUCACUGCCGACCCUAAGAACCGUACGGGCCGCGUCCAACCUCGGAUCUAUGUCCCUUACGGCGAACCCGCAAUGGCUGAAUACUACAGAAAAGUGGCGCGUGAGAAACCACACAUGAACCUUGAUGUACAGGUCCUACCUCCAAAGCCUGAUGAUGCUGUGUUUGUCAAAAGCUUGAACUCCAAGCCGGGUCUUUUAGCGCUCGCUAUGAAUGAGGUUGAUGACGGCAAGGGUGGCCGGACCCUGAAAGGUAUUCCUUUCAUCGUCCCUGGCGCUCGCUUUAAUGAGCUCUACAACUGGGAUUCCUACUUUAUCUCCCUAGGCCUCCUUGUGGAUGGCCAAGUGACCAUGGCGAAGGGCAUGGUUGAUCACUUCAUAUUUGAAAUCAAGCAUUACGGCAAGAUUUUGAAUGGAAGCCGGAGUUACUAUUUGUGUAGGACGCAGCCUCCAUUCUUGACAGACAUGGCGCUGCAAAUCUACAAUCAGCUAGAUCGCUCAGAUGUGGAGUCUAAUCGACAAUGGCUGAAACGCGCAAUUCAAGCCGCCAUCAAAGAGUACCAUACCAUCUGGGUCGCGGAGCCCCGCAUUGACCCUAAGACGGGGUUGUCUAGGUACCGCCCCGACGGUCUUGGAAUUCCUCCUGAAACUGAGGCGACCCACUUCACGCAUAUCCUUGAGCCUUAUGCUGAGAAGCACGGCAUCUCGGUACUCGAGUUUAGCGAGAAGUACAACAACGGAGUUCUGAAGGAGCCUGCGCUGGACGAGUACUUCUUGCAUGAUAGAGCUGUGCGCGAAUCGGGUCAUGAUACGACGUACAGGUUUGAGAAGCGGUGUGCGAACCUUGGGACGAUCGACCUACAGGCACUACUGUACAAAUAUGAAGUCGACAUCGGCACGGCCAUCCGGGAGGUGUUUGAUGAUGAACUCGAGCUCGAGGAGGAAUUCGACUUGGCACCCUUCCCGCCUUCUGUUGAAGCAUAUCGCAACCCCUACCGCGAGUGCUCAACCAGUCGGUUACAAAAUAGCGAAGAGUGGUUUGAGAGAGCCGAUCACAGGCGGGAGAUGAUCGACAAGUACCUAUGGAACGAGAACAAGAAGCUGUACUUCGACUACGAUACAGUUUUAGAGAAGCAGAGCCUGUAUGAAAGUGUUACUGCGUUCUGGGCGCUCUGGGCUGGUUGCGCGAGUGAGGAGCAGUGCUGGAAACUUGUUUCGCAGUCGUUGAAGAGGUUUGAAGUACUCGGGGGUCUUGUUUCUGGGACCGAAGAGUCUAGGGGUAAAAUUUCCUUGGACAGGCCAAACCGGCAGUGGGAUUACCCCUAUGCAUGGCCUCCUCACCAAAUCAUGACUUGGGUCGGGCUAGAACGCUACGGCUACCUAGAAGAUGCUCAGCGAUUAUCGUACAGGUUCCUUUACAUGAUGACCACAGCGUUCGUUGACUUUAAUGGUGUUGUACCUGAGAAGUUUGAUGCAGUGAAACUUUCACACUUGGUGGAUGCUGAGUACGGCAAUCAAGGUUUAGAUUUUAAGAUGGUUCCUCGUGAAGGCUUUGGUUGGAUGAACUCCGCUUACCAGGUGGGACUGUCUUUCUUAACGACGCACAUGCGUCGCGCAGUCGCAACGUGCACCAGCCCAGAAAUCGUCUUUGGUUCAUCAGCAAACCUUGAAAAUGCCGUCGCUCAAGCGGCACACGCUGCCACUGAUCCUCUUGGCCUUGCGAUGGAGUCGUUGGACAUUGACAGUCUACCUGCUUAAGCGUUCAGCACGAUGUCUGUUUGGUUUUGCCUUGAUAUUAUAAUGUGAUGUCUAAUGUAAUGUGCCCUGUGGUCUGCGACAGUACUCAUCUAAUACAUCUCGGAUCAGAUUUAGAUUUCCCAUUUCUUUUUUUUUUGCAUUUUUCACUUGUAUCUUCUUACUCAUAGUCACAUAUCAUGAAUAAAGCUUCAAUAAAAGGCCCCGGGAAUCUCUUGAUGAGUCAGCAA